AUGAAUGCGCCUGAUGGUUUGCCGCGUAUUGUGAUUGUAGACCACUAUGAUUCUUAUACGCGCAACCUAAUUCCGUUGAUUGCAUCGUGCUUUGAUCCGCCACCGGAUCCGGAGCUCCUUGCUCGCCGUGUGACGGUGAUUCCCCACACAUUGCCGGUCUUAUCGCCGCUAGCGUUUCGCGAGCGCCUCUUGACCCAUGUCGAUGCCCUGAUCCUAUCUCCUGGACCAGGUACAUCAGACAAUGAGGUGGAUUUCGGGCAGGCAGCUGCAUUGCUGCAAUCGCCGGAGCUUGAGCAUAUACCGAUCCUUGGUGUGUGUUUGGGCCACCAGGGCAUAGCUACGACGGCUGGUGCCAAAAUUGUACAGCUGGCUGCUCCGUUUCAUGGAAGAACACGAGAGCUCAUCAUGGAUUCCAAUUCACUCAGUGAAAAUGGACAGAAGAGUAUCGUGAGCGGUAUUCCUGAGGGCACCGCGGUCAUUUGUUACAACAGCCUGUGUGUGGACGAGUCGACUCUUCCAUCGACACUGCGAGUGGUCGCACGCUCUCGCCUAAGUCCAAAUGAGACCAUGGUGCAGGCAAUAGAACAUACGAAGCGGCCCCUGUACGGCGUCCAAUUCCACCCAGAGAGUAUCGAAACCAAUGGCGGCACAUUGGUGAUGCAAAACUUUCUGCACAAUGUAGCCCACUUUUGGGCUCGGCAUGAUCAAGCACGUGUUGAAGCGUGGAAGGACGCGAUGCACACCUGCUUGCCGCCAGAUAUUGUGGCUCUAGGAAGUGCGUGCCUAGCGCUUGGCAAACAAAUACAUGUGCCACGUCGCCGCUGGCGUGUGUUCGAGAAAGCUCUCACAAGCUGUACCAGUUUGCCUGAUAAGCUGGCGUACGAUGCGCCGGCACUCUUUGAGAAGCUUUUUCGUCGAGAUGAGCCUGGCGCGGUGUGGCUUGACAGUGCCAAUCCCCGAGACCCCCAAAGCCACGUGUCUAUACAGAGUCGUGCGACAUGCAUCAUGACAUAUGAUAUGGACGGUGUGCUUCGCGUGCACCAGCCGAAUGUCGUGCGACGCAUAGACAUGCAUCCACACCAGACGUUAUGGGACUGGAUGGAGGACGCGCAGCGCACGAUGCAGGCCCAGGUACAUCCCAUGUCGCCCAAUGCCCAUACCCAAUUUCGCACGGGCUUUGUGGGAUACUGGGGCUACGAGCUGAAAGACGAGUCACUCGGACUUGCAUCACUAUCGUCAAAACGAUAUGAGCCGCAUUCAGGCACGGGUUUUGAUCGUACGAAGCUGCCCGCUGCUCAAUGGGCUUUUUGUGACCAUGCACUGUGUUUGGACCAUGCAACAAAUACAUGGAUGGCGUAUGCUCUGGUGGACGAAGGCGGCGAUACAUGCGGUCCACUAGCGGAGCUUGAGACGCAUGGUGUGCGAUUGGGCAUGCCGGCCGCUGAGGCUGAGGCAUGGCUCACGCAAGCGCAGCGUGCCGUCGACUCUCUUCAACGCAUGGCCGAUGUGCCACCCGCAUCACUGAAGGUGCACACGGUGGAUGAUGCCGAAGUCUACAAGGACCGUAUUGAAGCGUGCAGGCGCUAUAUUGCGAGUGGCGAAAGCUACGAGCUCUGUCUCACCACGCAAUUUGAGGGCACACUACCCUUUUCUCCCUCGUACGCGUCGUACUUCUCCCUGUACUGUGCCUUGCGCCAGAAAAACCCAGCUCCCUUUUCGGCCUACGUGGAACUCGUAUCAUGUGACGGAUCCACGCCGCAAGCCAUUUUGUCCACCAGUCCUGAACGCUUCCUCACUGUGUCAGACGCCGGUGCUGUGGAAAUGCGGCCCAUCAAAGGCACGAAGGUGCGUCCUGGAUGGGGCGAGGACGAGUCGGAUUGGUUCGAAAAAGCGAGGCACGACGCAUCUAUGCAAGCCUACAUGGUGGCAGAAGACGAGAGUCGGAAGCAAGCAUUGCACAUGGACCCUAAAGAGCGUGCUGAGAACCUCAUGAUUGCCGACCUAAUUCGAGCAGAUUUACAGGCAGUCUGCUACCCGGGCUCCGUCGCCGUGCCACGCCUUAUUGCCUUGGAGACCUACGAGACGGUGCACCAGCUUGUCACGUCGGUGACGGGGCAGCUGCGCCCUGGCAUUGGAUGUGUCGAGGCAGCUAAACGGUGCUUCCCGCCGGGCAGCAUGACGGGUGCGCCAAAGCGCCGCAGUGUCGAACUUAUUGAGACGUUGGAACGAACGUCGCAUGCGCCCCAAGGCACAACGCGUCGCCGCGGCGUGUACUCUGGUGCCUUGGGCUUUAUGGGUGUAGACGGCGCAUCCAAUCUCUCAGUUGUCAUUCGCACCGUCACGGUACAGAACGAUCAUGCAUUGGUCGGCGCUGGUGGUGCCGUGACCUUUUUAUCUACACUCGAUGGCGAAUGGAGCGAAGUCAUGACUAAGCUAGGGUCGGUAGCUGCACUCGCAUAG